UCCUCCUCCUCCUCCUUCUCUUUCUCGUCCUCCUCCUCCCUCUCUCCGUCACCGCGGGGGCCAGGCCUGAGCUUCAUCGUCAUCGUCAUCAUCUUCCUCUGUGUGGUUCCCCCCCCUCCUCCCCACCAUCCACCCACCCAUCCAUCCCAAAAUCCCGCCGAGCCCGGCGCUUCCAUGGUGCGGGAAGGCGGCAUGGCCCGGACCCCUUACAGCUCCUCGCAGGACAUCCAGAUGGACGUCUUGGACAACGCCGCGCUCCAGGGCAAGUACAGCAGGCGCAAGAGCCGCUUCAAGCGCUCGGACGGCAGCACCUCCUCCGACACCACCUCCAACAGCUUCGUCCGCCAGGGCUCGGCAGAGUCCUACACCAGCCGCCCCUCGGACUCGGAUGUGUCGCUGGAGGAGGACCGGGAAGCGCUGCGGAAGGAGGCUGAGCGCCAGGCCAUGGCCCAGCUGGAGAAAGCCAAGACGAAGCCGGUGGCGUUUGCCGUCCGCACCAACGUUGGCUACAACCCCUCGGCCACCGACGACGUGCCCGUGCAGGGCAUGGCCAUCUGCUUCGAGCCCAAGGACUUCCUGCACAUCAAGGAGAAGUACAACAACGACUGGUGGAUCGGGCGGCUGGUGAAGGAGGGCUGCGAGGUGGGCUUCAUCCCCAGCCCCGUCAAGCUGGAGAACAUGAGGCUGCUGCAGGAGCAGAAGAUGAGGCAGAACCGCCUGAGCUCGAGCAAAUCCGGGGACAACUCCACCUCCAGCCUGGGUGACGUGGUGACAGGGACCCGCCGGCCCACGCCCCCGGCCAGCGGUGCCCUGGACAUGCCCAGCUUUGCCUUUGACCCCGAUGAGUUAGAGGAGGAGGAGGCCUUGGAGACCCAGCGCUCCCCUAAGAGUAGCGUGAGCAGUGUCACCACCCCCCCCGCCCACAACAAGCGCAUCCCCUUCUUUAGGAAGGUAAAAGGGCCCCCCCCGCCGGCCCCCACCUCGCCUGCUGCACCCGCUGCCUGCCCUAACCCUGCCGGGGGGCUGGGGGCACCCCACGGGGCUGGGGGCACCCCAUGGGGCUGGGGGACACCCGCUGCCCCAGCCCCCCCAGCACUGCAGCAUGGGCAUGACCCCCUGCACCCGGGGCUGGGGGGGGUCAGACUGGGGCUGUGACCCCCCUCGUGGGCCAUGGGGUGGAUCAACCCGUGGCUGUGACCCCCCCCAUGGUCCAUGGGUUGAAUCCAUCCAUGGCCACAUUCCCCCAUGAUCCGUGGGAUGGAGCAGUCUGUGGCUGUCCACCCUCCCCCCACAGUGGUCCUUGGGAUGGAUCCAUCCAGGGCUGAUCCUCCCCCCAUGGUCCAUGGAAUGGAUCAGCCUGUGGCUGUGACCCCCCCGUGGUCCAUGGGAUGGAUCAGCCCAUGCCCACCCCCAGACCCCCCCCAGUGUG